UCCCUCACCUCAAUCCUCGUACAUAUUUACCCCCUUUUGUUUGUACUAUUUUUUUUUCUUAUUCGGAAUAACUCUUGAAAUCUCUUCGUGAUCUUAAUUUUUCUUUGUUUAUCAUCUUGCUGACGUUGGGAUUUCAAGAUGAAUUCCGCCGAGAAAAUGGCGCAAAUGCAAUUGCGCCAGAAUUAUAGGAAUAUGUGGCACACCGAUCUCUUGGGUGCCGUCGGAGCCGAUGCUCCUUUUUGUUGUUUUGCGUUGGUAUGUGGACCAUGUGCUUCAUACAUUCUGCGUAAAAGAGCUCUUUACAAUGACUUGUCCCGGUACACAUGUUGUGCUGGCUACAUGCCAUGCAGUGGGAACUGUGGGGAAAGCAAUUGCCCUGAAUUUUGUCUUUGCUCUGAGGUAUUUUGUUGCUUCUCGAAUUCAGUUGCCUCUACACGCUUCUUGUUGCAAGAUGAAUUCAACAUUCAGACUUCGCCAUGUGACAACUGCAUGAUAGGUUUCAUGUUCUGCCUCCAACAAUUGGCAUGCAUAUGUUCCUGCGUUGCAUGCUUAACCGGCAUCGACGAAAUAGGAGACCUUGCUGACCUCCUGACCUGCUUGUCCGACAUCGUCUAUUGCUCGGUUUGUCCAUGUCUCCAAACUCAACACAAAGUUGAAAUGGACAAAAGAGAUGGUCAGUUUGGUCCUCCUCCAGUUAUGGCAGUUCCUCCAAUGCAACAAAUGUCACGCCUUGAUCAGCCAAUUCCCCCGUCAGUUCACUAUCCGCCUUACGAGGAGAACCUGAAGGGCGGCAGCAUAGGCCAACCGCCGCCGUAUCCCGGCACCGGCUACCCACCCGCCAGUUACCCUGGCGGUGGGUACCCUCCUCCGCCGCCGCCGGGAUAUGGUCCGCCGCCGGGAGGAUACCCUCACCCUGGCUCAUACCCUCUUCCGCCUCCGGGAUACAAUCCACAUGCAUAUCCACCGGGCGGAUACAAUCAAUCGCCGGGAUAUCCUCCGUCGUACCCACCACCGCCGAGUGCUUAUCCACCGCCGGACUACAAAAAGUGAUUAUAAUUUGUAUAUAUGACGACGAAAUAACAUAAAUCUUCUCCAUUAUUAGCAUGCGUAAUGUACAUAAAAAUCCAUUGUAGAUAUUACCAUCCUCUACUUUUUUCCCAUGGAAAAAUUUAAUUUGAUACCCAACUAUACCAUCUAUAGGUGUACAUCCUUGAUCACUUUUUUUUCUUCUUCCCUUUCCUUAACUCGUGUAAAAAUUUAGCAAAUGCUUGUUGUGUAUUUAAUUAACUUCUAACUACAGACAGACGUGGUUAGGUCAAAUUUCUUAAUGUCGAAUCUGUUUCAUAGAGUGCACCUGUUAAAAAUCGGUAUAAAAAAAUAUACUCAUUGGGUUUUGGAAGAGAAAACUCAACCUAAUUGGUGCAUGGGUAACUCUAUGGAUAAUUCACAGACAUAACAACGAAUAAUUCCUUCGAACACCGACCACAUCAUUAAUAAUUAUAUUAUCAAAAUCUUUCUUACAAGAUGAAUAAUAACAUGAUCCAUAAAUUUAUUCAUAUUAUUAGGAUUAUAUAUUGUCAUAAAGACUAAUAACAUCCAUGAAAUUUUUAUAUUGUCGGGGUUAGAUGCAAAAUAAAAAUAUUUUUUUCUUCUGGUGCGUGAGUCGGGUUUUGACAAUAGCUGCUGCAAUCAAUCCAACCCACCUAUACCAAAGACACAGGCAAAACCCGCACACACAACCCAAAACCCAUCGGUGUCGGGUUUCACCCGAUUUAACUGAAUCGGAUUGGGUUGGAUUAUAAGCAAAUUUGGGUUUAACUACCAUCCCUACCCACAACCAAGAAUUAUAUUUGGUUCCAACCUAGCUAGGGUGGCAAAAUUAUCACAACUUAUUGGUUCGGGUUGAAUAAUCCUUUGUUAUUCCCUACUUCAGUCUUCAGGUAGGUUUGUUAGAUUUACCCGGAUAAGAAUAAACAUCAGCCAGCCAAGCCCUAAUCGGAUACCAAGCUCGUUGAAUUCGGGAGGUUUAAAAUUUUCACUAACAUUAAAAAAUAAUUUAUUUGAAAGAAAACUUAACAAAUACACUGUAUUUUGUUAAAUUAUCUUUUCCUUAUGUUGAGACAUAAACAUAAAAGAUCUAACCUAAUAAUUCACCUACUACUACUCACCAAGCUCCUCCAUCAAUAGCCUAGAGACUAGGGGAGUAAAAACCGGUCAAUAACUCAAUUUUGCAGGACCAUUAGUAAUCCUCAUUGAUUGUCCAUGGAGACAAAUAAACUUUUCCCCUUAAAUAAUUUUAACGCGCAAUAUCUCUUUUUUCAGUCGUAAUUCGGUUUUUUCACAUUAUAAUUAGAUUAAUCGUGCUCUCAAAAUUACAUCCACUUUGAUAGUCGAAAUAUACUAAUUGUUAUUUACCACCUAUAAUCACUGCCUAACACAAGUUACCACAAGAUAUAGGGUGGGAUAUUUGGUUCUGAAAAUUUUCUCACUCAUAAAUUUGUAGAUCGUAAUAGAUCACGAUGAACUUGUUCCUUUAGUGCAAAAAUUUCCAAAAUUUGAGUUAAAAAUAAAAGAUCUUUAAAUCUGACUGCUUAUCUAGCCUCACUUGAAAUUAAGAGGCCAGAUAUGCUUAUGCAUAAGUGCGUAACUAGGGAUUAUGUACCUCUCCAUGGACCCUAGACCAUACCUCGAAAUGAUGGGUGAAAAAAAUAAUUGUAACUCGACCCAAUCAACUCGCAUUGAUCUCUAAAAUUAAGUUUUAAGAUCCGGAGAGGGUUUUAUUUUGUUGAACUCGCCUUUCUUGAGUUGGGUGUGAGUUUUGUAUUAUGAAACCCGUAGAUGCUCAACCUUACCCAUGUUACAACUAUUGUACUAAGUGUUAAUAUAAAAACAUGUUUAUGUCAUAUACCAGCAUUGAAGCAUAUUUGUGAGUGAAUUAAGAUAUUUUCUCAUAAUAGACAUAUCUGAUAUAGGUUAUGGUUAUUUUUUUUAUACGAUUUUAGAAGAAUAACAUAUUAUAUGCGUU